AUGACAGUCCCCGUCCCCUCGCUCAACAACGGCCACUCUUCCACCGCUGCCACUACUCGCACACCAGGCUUCUCAACCCGCGCCAUCCACGUCGGGUCAGAACCAGAGAACUCAAUCUCGCGCGGCGUAAACACCCCACUCGACCUCUCGACCACCUACAAGCAGGACCGAGUCGGCGUACACGCUGGGUUCGAGUACUCGCGCUCGGCUAACCCCUCUCGACUCGCGUUCGAGCGCGCGAUCGCUUCGCUCGAGGGCGGGGAUGUCCUCCUCUCCCAAGCGUUGAAGGACGAGGGUAUCGACGAGCGCGAGUCGGAGGCGGGUCCACCGGGCGUUGCGUUCUCGAGCGGGAGUGCGGCGACCGCGACGGUUAUCCAGGCGCUUGGAGGACACGGCGGACACCUUGUCAGUGUUGGGGACGUCUAUGGCGGGACGAGCAGGUACCAGUUGAAGAUGGCCGGACCGUUGCAGGGGUUGGAGACGACUUAUGUCGACAUGAGCUACUCCACGAAGCCGGACGGCGGCAAGGUCGAGACGGAGGAGGAGCAGGACUCGGUUAUCGUCGACCGUAUCGAGCAGGCUAUCCGCCCCGAGACCAAGCUCAUCUGGAUUGAAACACCGACGAACCCGAUGCUCUCGCUCGUCCCCAUCGCACUCGUCGCCUCCGUCGCCAAGAAGCACAAUCUCUACCUCGUCGUCGACAACACCUUCGCGUCUCCCUACCUCCAACAACCCCUCCUCCUGGGAGCCGACAUCGUCGUCGCCUCGUCGACGAAAUACAUCGGCGGCCACUCAGACGUCGUCGGCGGCCUCGCCGUCACGGGCAACCCUGCCCUACUCUCAAAGUUGCGCUUCAUCCAGAACGCAGGUGGCGCAGUCCCCUCCCCUUUCGACGCCUACCUCCUCAUUCGAUCACUCAAGACUCUCGCCCUCCGCGUACGAGAACACUCCCGUAACGCACUCGCCGUCGCAAGGUGGUUGGAGGAAAAAGCGAUCCCUGCUGGGCUGGUGCGGGACGUCCGCUACCCUGGCCUCAAGCGCGCGCAGGAGACGCCAGCGCAGAAGAGGGAGCGAUACCUCGCGUGGGACCAACUGAGCGACGAAGCGAAGCGCUGGCUUGCUCGCGAGGGAUUCACCCGCGACAGUGAGGGAGGAUUCCCAGCCGGAGGCAUGGUGUCGUUCCAUAUUCGCAGCGGGAGCGCGCAGAGCCAGACGGAGACGAGCGUGGCGGAGACGUUCUUGGAGACGCUGAGGGUUUUCACACUUGCGGAGAGUCUGGGAGGGGUGGAGAGUUUGGCCGAGUUGCCGCUUAAGAUGACCCACGGCGGCGUCGACCCUACUCACCGCGCCAAACUCGGUAUCGACGGCGAAUUGAUCCGUCUCUCCGUUGGCGUCGAGGACGUUGAAGACCUUUUGCACGAUGUCGAGACGGCGCUCAAGGCGGCGGUCAAGGCUUAG